AUGGCGGCCGAAUCGAACACAGGGUUUCAUUACGACCAGACUUUGGGUGCUGCACUUAAUCGACACGCCAUAUCGUUUCAAUCGGGUGCGAUAAACAGCACAUCUGAAAUGAUUCCGAUGGGGAAUUACUAUGGCCAUGGUGUAAAUAGUGUAGCUGGGGGCAUGAUGUUUUCCGGGAAUUCAAGUAUUUUGAACCACAAUCCUGUAAUUACGACUCAAGCUGGGAAUUCUUCACCUUCUCUUCUUCUGGAUUCAGUGCCAGGGCUAAAGCACGAUACAGGUUUGGCUGUGGAGUGGUCUGCUGAGGAACAGUACAGGUUGGAGGAUGGCCUUGUCAAAUUUGCCGAUGAACCUAGUAUUAUGAGGUAUGUUAAGAUUGCAGCGACAUUGCAUGACAAAACUGUUCGUGAUGUUGCACUGAGAUGUAGGUGGAUGACGAGGAAACGAAGGAAACAGGAAGACCAUAAUUUGGGCAAGAAAGUGAAAGAUAGGAAGGAUAAAUUGGUGGAAUCGUCCUUGAAUACGAAUAUGUCUUCAGCUUCAUCAUUGAAUGUGGCUGGAUAUUCUCUUGUUAUGAACCACUCGGACCAGAAUAAUAGUAUGCCUUGUGGAGGACAUGGACAUGUUAGAGGCGCAGCGAUGUGA